AUGCCACAUAUCCGUCACCACAGAAGGCACCAUACAUGGCCUCACUGCGGCUCAGAACUGUGUAUGCGUGAGCCGCGCGGUUUAGAAAUCCAUGUAUCGAAGCUAGGCAAUGGCCCCGCAACCUACAUCCCACUAUCUUUUCAGCGAACUAGGGCGGCUCCCUUUAGUACAGAACAGUUUCUUUGCGAUGAUAUGGGAAUGCCAGAACUUUCCCGUCAACCAAAGCGAAUGCCUCGGCUCUGGUUCCGAUCGUCCGCCAAGGGACGGAGUAAUCAGAGCUCGGUGUCGGGGUCAUUGGGUCAGACGAAACAGGUAUACCGGAGUGUUAUACGUCGGUUGACACGUCGGCCGCCCUUGAACAAGACUCAAUCUUUAUUUGUUGUCCCUUCAAAUAUGGGCUCUGGUGAUCUGUAUACAAUUCCUGGCAUGAUAACACCGCAUUAUGUGGCUGAGCAGGCUGUUUGCUCGGACUCGGACAUGGAGAGGUCGUCUGUGUCUGGGGUUGACGCAGCAAGAUUCAUGGCUGAAAGGCGACAUCGGAGGUGUCAUUCUGAACAACCGCGCGCAUGGAGAAAGCCGAGCUCUACAUUGUGGACACUUCAGGAGCAGGAAGAAUGA